AUGAAGACACUUUUCGGGUUCAGCCAGGAUGAAGCUUCGAGACUGGCUAGAUUAGGCUCGGGCUCGGCCGUACGCUCACUGGACGGCGGGCUAGUUCGUUGGCAUCGUGGGACUCGAGCUGAUGGUAUUGAUUCGGUGGCUGAGCAACUCUUCCCAGCCAGUCAUUGGCCCGCAUUGAGAGCCCUGAUUUUCGUGGCGAACGAUCAGGAGAAGAAGGACGGCUCGACCAAGGGAAUGCAGAUGACCGUUGAGACGAGCAGCCUACUUCAGGAGCGAGUUGCUGGUGUCGAUGAGACCAUCAAUAGUCUAACUGAAGCUUAUGCUGCCAAAGAUUUCUCCAAACUUGCCGAGCUGGUGAUGAAAGACAGUGAUAACUUCCACGCGUGUUGUUUGGAUACGAAACCCCCGUUGCCGUACCUCAACGACACGUCACGGCUGAUCAUCGACUUGGUCCACCGUUUCAACAGCGGUAAAACUCCGCAUGAAAAUCAGGAAAAGAAGCAGCCGGAAACCCCCGAGGCGGCGUAUACCUUCGAUGCGGGCCCGAACGCUUGUAUUUACAUUGAAGAGGUUAACGUGCGCGAGUUUCUGAAAUACGCAGCCGGACAUCUGAGGUUUGCGCCGGCAGCCAAGGCCAAAAUCCAAGAGAUUCUGGGCGUGGAUGUGGAGACACUCCCGGACACACCCCUAAUCCUCGACCUCAUCUACAGCACCGUGGGCGGCGAGCCGCAAAUCUUGGCGCACCAGAUGUCU